AUGGAAGCUGCACAACAGGGAAACAUGAGAGAAGCGGCUCUUUCAGAGGGGAGCCCCUCGGCUGAAUCGUCCGAGGGUGCAGCUGCGUCUGGAUCUGUAUCUGUAUCUGCACCGGCACCUGCAGCCGCAUCUGCACCCCCACAAUCAGAUAGCAACAACAAUUUGUCUAACAUCAUGCCUCCAGACUUAACAGGGAGUUCUAUGCUUUCAGCUAGGGUGGCACAGUCACGCCAUUUUGCAGGAAACACACCGGGAAACAUGGCAAACCAGGUUGACAACACUCUGCUAUUUUCUCCGCCAAACACACAAUUAUCCAGCUCUUUCCUCAACAUUAAUGCAAUGGCCAAUGACAGUGCUUCUCUCUUUGACAGCACACUGGGAACAGCAGCUACGAAGGACUUAGGAUCGGGUUCCAGCAGCCACUUGUACAACAACGGGAACCUCAACAUGCCUCCAAUAGAUUUCUUACAUAUUGAUGACGACGAUGAUUUGAAUAACUACAAUACUACCUUUAACGAUAUAACUAACGACAUGACUAACGACAAUCAAUCUAUGAAGAAUGAGAUGAAUAAUGACAACAUCAACCAAGACAAUAAUAACAAUAACAACACCCUAAGCGUCGGCAAUAUCAGCUACAAAAAUAACAACAACAAUACAACUGCUACUACAGGUCAAAUCACUAAUCCUAAUAAUGCUGAUAAUAAUGAUAAUAAUAAUAAUAAUAAUGGUAAUAAUGUUAAUAAUGACAGCAGCAAAAAUAACGUCAAUAUCAAUGAUGGGUCUGCUAGAGGUGCUUUAGAUUCAGUGACCAUACAACGCCCAACUCUGACUGGGUCUACAAAUAACAGCAUGAGCUCUAACUGGAUGUCUACUCAGAAUUUAGUGACCUCUCUAAAUGUGGACCCUUGGAUCCAAGAACAAGCGCAAGUGUCUCCUAACUUGAAUUUCCACCAAUAUCAAAUAGGUGGGAUGUCUUCACACUCAACUGGUAACCAUUCGAAUAUGCCGACAAAUUUAAGUAUGUUGACUUCUUCAGGAUUUGGUACUACACACAUAUCACAACAGCAACAGUCUAGACAACCGCAUUCUUAUAUGAAGAACCCAUCACCAUUAAUUGGUACGGAGAACUUGAAUACAAAUAACUACGGCCAUUUCAUGGCGCUUGGCCAAAAUUAUUCCCUCUACAAUGGCCAAACGAGCAAUGCGACCUCUGCAACACCGUCUAUGAAGAACGGAACUUCCAACAGGCUGCAAUCCAACAAUAAUGAAGAGGAUGAAUUAAUUCCAACUGCUAUCGUUAUCAAGAAUAUCCCCUUUGCCAUUAAGAAGGAACAGUUACUGGAUAUUAUGUCAAAGUUAAAUUUACCACUGCCUUACGCUUUCAAUUAUCACUUUGAUAACGGUGUUUUCAGAGGCUUGGCUUUUGCUAAUUUCAACUCCAUAGAGGAAACUGCCAUGGUAGUCUCGGUGAUGAACGGUAGAGAAAUUGAUGGCCGUAAAUUACGAGUUGAAUAUAAAAAGAUGUUACCUGCUCAGGAGAGAGAAAGAAUUGAACGUGAGAAGAAAGAAAAAAGAUGUCAGUUGGAGGAACAACACAGAAAUGCGUCUUCCACUUCUUUGGCUUCUGUAUUUUCCGCUUCGUCAGCUCCUCCGGUUAGUAAGAAUAAUAAUAAUAAUGCUGCAACUAAUAACAACAUCACCAUUCAUCAAUCCCAGUCAACGACUAACAUUGUAGAUCAUCCUGGUGCUCAAGGUAGUAGCUUGAAUGAUAAUGAACAGAAUGAUAGAAGCUUGGUUAUUUUCCCCCCUGUUGAUGAGUUACCAACUCCACCUUCAAAUAUGGAUUUCAACAAUCCAGAAGUGUUGGAAUUAUAUACUAGAUUGGUUCUUUUUAGGGAAGAUGCGAACUCAUCCGCUUUAACAUUCUCCGCAAUCAGUCUAAGUAAUGAUGGAAAAAGGUAUGUCAAGAAUCUGUGCCAAUUCUUGAGUUUAGAUGAAUCAACCGAUAAUAGUACAGUGAGCGUGCGCAAAAAAUCAACAGGCCAAUCUACUAGAACCUCCCCAACAGGCAACCAGAAUAAUCAAUUGAAUCUUCAACAACCGUCUUUGAUGAGGUCGCAUUCUCAAAACUUAGUUAACUCUAAUCCAGGUCUAUCUUUCACUAGUAAUAGAUAUAGACAACACACCCCUAGAUCGGUAUCUCAAAAUCUUCAAAGUGGCAUGAAUAAUUUAGGCUUAAGUGUAAAUCUUCCAACUACUCAAACAAGUUUACAACAACAACUGCAGCCUCAAAGCCAACACCAAGCCAGUCAGUUGCAUCACUCUUCGUCUGCUGCGUCUCUUACGCUCUUACGUAGUAAGGCUGGCCUGACGGCACCGGCAACUCCUAUUUCUAGUAGGCAAUCAACUUUUCCGCAAAAUUCAGGAUUGUCAGUGUUUAACUCAAACCUUAGUAUGCUAAGCAAUAUGGGCAAUAUCAAUAACAUGAACAAUAUUAGUAAUAUGAACAAUAUUAAUAAUAUGAAUAAUGUAAACAAUAUGUUAGGAUAUAGCAGUUACAAUGGUUACAACGGGUAUAAUCAGGCACAGGUAACAGGUGGUUCUAAUAUAAGUAUGUCUUCGAAUAGAGGUGUGGACCAACUGACACAAGGUGUGGAAUACUUGCAUUUUGAUACACAAUCCCAACCACAACAGCAGCAACCACAUCAACAACAGCAGAAUUAG